GAGAGGCGGCUCCGGCACCCCCUUUCUCUGUCCCCCCGCCCCCGAUCCGCAGCCAUGGACCUGGCGGAUCCGGCCUGCCGUGGUCCAGUUCAACACCUGAUUUUAGUGAGGUGACCUUUCUGGCUGCUAGAGUGCUGGUGAGUGUGCCCACCUGGCUGAGGGGACAGAGACAGGGCCUGAUGUCGGAGACCAUGGACCAGCCGGCUGAGGGUCCUGGAGAGGGUGGUGAUGGCAACAUGGAGCCGGGUACCUGCCAGGAGCUUCUGCACCGAUUGCGUGAGCUGGAGGCAGAGAACUCGGCUCUUGCUCAGGCCAAUGAAAACCAACGGGAGACUUACGAGCGCUGUCUGGAUGAGGUUGCCAACCAUGUGGUGCAGGCCCUGCUGAACCAGAAGGACCUUCGAGAGGAGUGCAUCAAGCUUAAGAAGAGAGUGUUCGACCUGGAGCGGCAGAACCAGAUGCUGAGCGCCCUGUUUCAGCAGAGACUCCAGCUCACAACAGGCUCUCUCCCUCAGAUCCCACUCACCCCACUCCAGCCACCAUCAGAACCACCAGCCUCCCCUUCCAUGAGCUCCACUGAGGGACCAGCCACCUCGCUGCCUCUGGGGCACUGUGUUGGGCAAAGAGAGGUGUGUUGGGAGCAGCAGCUGAGACCAGGAGGCCCAGGCCCCCCAGCUGCACUACCCCCAGCGCUGGAUGCUCUAUCCCCGUUCCUGCGGAAGAAAGCCCAGAUCCUGGAAGUGCUGAGAGCCCUGGAAGAGACUGAUCCCUUGCUUCUGUGCUCCCCUGUCACUCCCUGGCAGCCUCCAGGCCAAGGUCCUAGCUCACCAGAGCCAAUCAAUGGCGAGCUGUGUGGCCCACCCCAGCCUGAACGUUCACCCUGGGCCCCCUAUCUGCUGCUAGGCCCUGGUGGCCUGGGAGGCUUGCUGCACUGGGAGCGGCUCCUAGGGAGUCUGGGAGGUGAAGAGGGUACUGGGCAGUCCUGGGUCCCUAGCAGGGCACCCCCCCAGGCCCAGGGCACCAGCUCUGGCCCACACUGUGCCCUAGGCAGCAGCUCUUCCUCCUCUUCUGAUGAGGCCGGUGACCCCAAUGAGGCACCCAGCCCCGACACCCUGCUUGGGGCCCUGGCCCACAAACAGUUGAACCUGGGCCAGCUCCUUGAGGACACAGAGUCUUACCUACAGGCCUUCCUGGCUGGGGCUGCAGGCCCACUCAAUGGGGACCACCCAGGUCCUAGGCAGUCAUCUUCCCCAGAGCAGGGGCCCCCACAGCUGACCAAGUCCAAAGGCCUCCCCAAGUCAACUUGGGGUGGAGGUACCCCAGAGGCCCAGAGGUUGGGCUUUGGUGCUACCUCAGAGGGCCAGGGGCCCCUCCCUUUUCUCAGCAUGUUUAUGGGUACAGGGGAUACCCCACUGGGCUCUCGGCCUGGCCACCCCCAUUCAUCUCAGGUGAAAAGCAAGCUCCAAAUUGGCCCCCCUUCUCCUGGGGAAGCCCAGGGACCUCUUCUGCCCUCUCCAGCCAGAGGUCUCAAGUUUCUAAAGCUGCCUCCCACCUCAGAAAAGGUCCCCAGCCCAGGAGGCCCUCAGCUAAGUCCCCAGCUCCCACGGAACUCUCGAAUCCCCUGUCGGAACAGUGGCUCAGAUGGCAGCCCCUCCCCACUGCUGGCCCGCAGGGGUCUGGGUGGAGGAGAACUGUCCCCAGAGGGGGUGCAGGGCCUACCCACUAGCCCUUUGCCCUGCUCUGCAAUCCCAGAGUCUGCACAGCUCAAACCACCCCUACCAGCCUUGUCUACCACGCUGUCCCCAGGACCAGUGGUAUCUCCCGGCUAUGAGAAUAUCCUGGACCUUUCCCGGAGCACGUUUAUGAGCCCUUCGCCAGAGCCACCUCCAUCCCCACUGCAGGUGCCCACCUACCCACAGCUGACUCUGGAGGUACCGCAGGCCCCUGAGGUCCUCAGAAGUCCUGGAGUCCCCCCAAGCCCCUGCCUCCCAGAAUCCUAUCCCUAUGGGAGCCCCCAGGAGAAGGGUUUGGACAAGACAGGCCUGGAGUCUCCCCAUCCUGGUCGCAGGACCCCAGGCAACCCAUCCAAGAAGCCUAGCCAGGGGUCAGGGCGGCGACCUGGGGAUCCUGGCAACACACCUCUGCGGGACAGACUGGCAGCCCUGGGGAAACUGAAGACAGGCCCUGAGGGGCCCCUCGGCCCAGAGAAGAACGGAGUGCCAGCCAAGCCUGGCACUGAGAAGGCCCGGGCACCAGGGCGUUCAGGGGAGAAUGCUGGAGAUGCUGUGUCCCCCAGGCCCCCUGAGCAGCCAGAAACUAAAGGGGCUCUGCGGGGGGUGGUGGCCUUAGGCACAAACAGCCUGAAGCAGCAGGAACCUGGACUCAGUGGGGAUCCUGGGGCCCGAGUCUACUCCUCCCACUCCAUGGGGGCCCGGGUGGACCUGGAGCCUGUCUCACCAAGGAGCUGCCUCACCAAAGUAGAGCUGGCCAAGAGCCGGCUGGCAGGGGCCCUGUGCCCCCAGGUACCCCGUACCCCUGCCAAAGUGCCGACCUCAACCCCCAGCCUGGGCAAGCACAAUAAGAGCCCUCACAGCAGCCCUACAAAGCUACCUUCCAAGUCUCCCACCAAGGUGGUAUCCCGACCUGGGGCCCCCCCAGUCACCAAGGAGCCCUCCAAGGCUGACAAGGGGAAGGGCCCACUGUGGGCAGACUGUGGUGGCACCACUGCCCAGCCCACACCCCCACUGCCUGGCCCUGCUGACCCUAGCCAGGGCCCUGAGGGGCUGGCCCCACACUCAGCAAUUGAGGAGAAGGUGAUGAAGGGCAUUGAGGAGAAUGUGCUGCGGCUUCAGGGCCAAGAACGGGCCCCAGGCACUGAGGCCAAGCACCGCAACACCAGCAGCAUUGCCAGCUGGUUUGGCCUUAAGAAGAGCAAGCUGCCAGCACUGAACCGUCGCACAGAGGCCACCAAGAACAAGGAAGGAGCUGGUGGGGGCUCCCCACUCCGAAGGGAGGUAAAGAUGGAAGCCCGGAAGCUAGAGGCCGAGAGCCUCAACAUCUCCAAGCUGAUGGCCAAGGCAGAAGACCUGCGCCGGGCGCUGGAGGAGGAGAAGGCUUACCUGAGCAACAGGGCCCGGCCCCGGCCCGGAGCCCCCGCUACAGGACCCAGCUUGGGGCUGGGGCAGGUGCAGGGCCAGCUAGGCAGUGUGUACCAGGGUGCAGACACCUUCAUGCAACAGCUGCUCAACAGGGUGGAUGGCAAGGACUUGCCACCCAAGAGCUGGCGGGAGCCCAAACCUGAGUAUGGAGAUUUACAGCCAGUAUCCACUGACCCUAAGAGUUCCUGGCCAGCCUGUGGGCCCAGAAAUGGCCUGGUGGGCCCUCUUCAGGGCUGUGGAAAACCUCCUGGAAAGCCCAGCAUCGAGCCAGGGAGGCGGGAAGAGAUGCCCUCAGAGGAAAGCCUGGCCGAGCCAGUGCCCGCCUCCCACUUCACAGCCUGUGGCUCCUUGACUCGAACCUUGGACAGUGGCAUUGGGACCUUCCCACCCCCAGACCAUGGCAGUAGUGGGACCCCCAGCAAGAAUCCUCCCAAAAGCAAGCCACCACGGCUAGAGCCCCCACCUGGGGUGCCCCCAGCUCGGCCCCCACCCCUUACCAAAGUCCCCCGCCGUGCUCACACGCUGGAGCGGGAGGUGCCAGGCAUAGAGGAGCUGCUAGUGAGCGGGCGGCACCCCAGCAUGCCAGCCUUCCCUGCACUGCUCACUGCCACUCCGGGCCACCGAGGCCAUCAAACCUGUCCUGAUGAUUCCUGUGAGGAUCCAGGCCCUCCUCAUCCUGUCCAGCUGGCCAAGAACUGGACCUUCCCCAACACAAGGGCGGCUGGCAGCUCCUCGGACCCUUUCCUAUGCCCACCCCGACAGUUGGAGGGGCUGCCCAAAAACCCCAUGGCCCUGCCCAUGGACCGGAAGCAGAGCCAGGAGCCCAGCCGCCCAUCCCCUACACCCCAGGGCCCAGUGUUUGGAGGUAGCCGUACCCCUAGCACGUCAGACAUGGGCGAAGAAGGCAGAGUGGCCAGUGGAGGCCCUCCAGGGCUGGAGACCUCAGAGUCGCUCAGUGACUCACUGUAUGACUCACUGUCCUCCUGUGGGAGUCAGGGCUGAGGGGCUACACCACACCACUGACCCCUCUGGAGUUGGGGACCACAACUGGACCAGCUCUUCACACCCCACCAUCUCAGAGCCAGAGGGGCCCCUCCAUGGAGGGACCAAGGAGGAAGGUGGACAAGAAGGCGAGGGGGCCCCUGGCACACCCCACUGCUCACCGCUGCUGUGGAUGAGAUGACCGUGCUCAGCUCAGGGAGAGACCCAACCCUUGGUCCCUUCUCUCACCCAGACUAAAGCUUCUCCUUUGAGGGGCUGGAGGCUUAAAGCUACUGUGUCCCAGCCUGCCAGCUCCUACUUCAGGCUGAGCCAUCUUGUGGUGCUGGGCUUCCUGCCCACCAACUGUGCCAUCUCUGCCCCGAAGCCCCACAGGGCCACUCUGGAGGCCCCGUGCUGGUGGAGUUUGGGAGGCGGGGGACAAGUUGCCUUCUCUCUCUGCCCUGGUCCUCCCUGCUGUCUGGAUGGUGCUGCCCUCCCCUGCCCCAUGUCUUUGGGGUCUGUCCGUCAGUCUUUUUCGUUUUUUUUUUUUAUAUUAAAGCACCUGGCCAGGUCCCUGCCCCAUCCCUGCGCUGCGGUUAAUUUAUCUGUUGUUAAUGCGGCUGCUCUGCUGCUGCCUCUGCUUCUGCCGUAUCCCUAAUAAAUUGUGGGGGCCC